AAACAAGACAACAGAUUCCGUGUUUCAGAUUCUCCUGAGUAUGCUCGUGAAUCAAAGAAAAAUAGAAAGUCUCUUCAAAUCAAGCAAGGCAAGAUUCAGUAGCCGGAAAACACGAGUUGGACCUGAGAAGAAAGGCGAUGACGUGAGGUGAAUGAGGAGAGUUUGCCGGUCGAAGAUGCUCAGAAAGUGUGGAAAAGAAUCGGAGGCAGAGAAGCGGGUAAAAUCCGGCUGGAUUUCCGACCUCUAAAUCCCCAAUCACAAAGUUAUUGUCUCUCUUCACAUAGGCUCAAUCAACUCCCUUCAAGUUGAUUUGACAAAGGGACGGUAUUUGCUAUUUGCUGCAUCAGCAGCUGUUUAUGAUAUUCAACGAGCUACAAUUUAUAAGAGAGCUGGCUGUAUUGCAAAGAACAAGAUCUUUGGCAGCUGGCCAGAACUCAUUUAUAAAUUUAUAAGUGCCACACAAGAAACAUGCUACUUAUGGGCAUGGCCCGAAACACUCAACGAUUGCUCAAAUGGCAGCUAAGGGGUCUAUCAGGCAAAUAUUACAUACAGGGAUGUUGUAUGGUCAUGACCGUGCCGGCUCAUUAUGGUAUUGUAACUGGUUUGAAAGUAACUGAGGAUGGCAUGCAUCUUCUAAGUGCAGGUUCAGUUAUGCUUGUUUCCCUAAGCUCUUGCUUAAAUAUUUCGUGGUCUGAUUCUAAAUCAUAUCUGCUUCAUACUUUAUGACUUCAUACCAGUUAAUGGGCACUAAAUUUGUUUUGAUGAAGAAUCGAUAUUGGUUAAGCCUAGGCCGGUGUGUAAAUAAUUAUUAUAAAGUGAUGUUUAAGGUGAAUGCCAAGUUCUUAUUACUCAUGACAUAGAACUAGCUAAUCACAAGAUGAAUAGUUGCUUAACCUUUAGAUUACAAUUAAAAGAUCUUGUUGGAUUUCAGUGUAUGGCUCAAGAAUAAGGUAGUGGAAUCUGGCCACGAUACACCUGUAAACUCUGAAACAGUGCACCUACAGACCAGCAAGGGCAUUCAAUUAGCCACAUCUCAGGAUUCAGCUGUCACUUUUGUUCCAUGCAUGAGAGUUGUGAAAGUUAAUUGUUCUUUUGGUGCCUUCGUUGUCUAUUUAAUUUUGCAUGGUAGUGUUACAUAAAUAAGGUUGUUUGGGAACCUACACCCCUUAAUUCUGUUCUCUGAAUUUUUAAGCAUUAGAUAUUUGGUCCGGUAAAACCUCCUUGACGUUUCGUGGGCACUAUGAAUGCUGGAACUGUUUCUGGUUUAGUUCGCAGGAUCGGGUACAACAAUCGCCCAAUCAACAUUCUGUGGUUUCUAAAAUAGUAGAAAGGCAUUCCAGUACUAAUUUAAUAGGCAACUUGUGCCAUUUAUUGCAAGUCA